AUGGCGAAUGUGCGAGUGGCUGUGAGGGUCCGGCCCCUCAGCAAGAGGGAGACCAAAGAAGGGGGAAGAAUUAUUGUGGAACUUGAUGGAAAAGUGGCAAAAAUCAGGAAUUUAAAGGUGUUCCAGGAUUUGGGGAUGGAAGUACUAUCUGGAGCUGCAAAAGGCUAUAACAUAUGCCUUUUUGCCUAUGGGCAGACAGGCUCUGGGAAGACAUAUACCAUGCUGGGGACCCCAGCUUCUGUUGGGCUGACACCCCGAAUAUGUGAGGGUCUCUUUGUCAGGGAGGAAGACUAUGCCUCACUGCCUUCCUCCUGUAGGAUAAAAGUAAGUUUCCUGGAAAUCUAUAAUGAACGGGUGCGGGAUCUGUUGAAGAAAUCUGGUCAAAAACAGUCCUGUACCCUGCGGGUCAGGGAGCAUCCAGAGAUGGGGCCCUAUGUGCAAGGUUUAUCUCAACAUGUAGUUACCAACUAUAAAGAAGUAAUCCAACUCUUGGAGGAGGGAAUUGCAAACAGAAUCACAGCAGCCACCCAUGUUCAUGAGGCCAGCAGCAGAUCUCAUGCCAUCUUCACUAUCCACUACACGCAGGCAAUCCUGGAGAACAACCUCCCCUCUGAAAUUGCUAGCAAGAUCAACCUCGUGGACCUAGCAGGCAGUGAAAGAGCAGAUCCCAGUUACUGUAAGGACCGGAUUACUGAAGGAGCCAAUAUCAACAAGUCCCUUGUGACUCUAGGCAUUGUCAUCUCCACCUUAGCCCAGAACUCCCAAGUAUUCAGCAGCAGCCUGAGCCUCAACAGCUCAGCCAGCAAUGGUGGUGACAGUGGGAUCCCUAGCUCUACUUCUGGGACCAGCAGUGGAGGGGGACCCUCCCGGAGACAGUCUUACAUCCCAUACCGAGACUCUGUGUUGACCUGGCUGCUGAAGGACAGUCUUGGAGGCAACUCCAAAACCAUCAUGGUUGCCACCGUGUCUCCUGCACACACUAGCUACAGUGAGACAAUGAGCACGCUGAGAUAUGCAUCCAAUGCCAAAAACAUUAUCAACAAGCCACAGGUGAAUGAGGAUGCUAACGUAAAGCUGAUCAGAGAGCUCAGAGAAGAGAUUGAAAGACUGAAAACCAUGCUGCUGAGCUUUGAACUGAGGAACUUCAGUUCAUUGAAUGAUGAAAAGGAUGAAGAUCUGAAGGAGCUGGUUUUCCAAAAUGAAUUGAAGAUAGACCAGAUGACUAAAGACUGGACCCAGAAGUGGAAUGAUUGGCAGGCCCUCCUGGAGCAUUACAGCGUGGACAUUGACAGGAGGAAGGCUGGGGUGGUCAUCGACUCCAGCCUGCCACACCUGAUGGCCUUGGAGGAUGACGUGCUCAGCACAGGUGUUGUGCUCUAUCACCUCAAGGAGGGGACGACAAAAAUAGGAAGGAGUGACUCAGACCAGGAACAGGACAUUGUCCUGCAGGGUCAGUGGAUUGAAAGAGACCACUGCACUAUCACCAGUGCCUGUGGGGUAGUCAUGCUCCGGCCUGCGCGGGGGGCCCGCUGCACAGUCAAUGGCAAGGAGGUCACUGCCUCCUGCCGUCUGACCCAAGGUGCUGUCAUAACUCUGGGGAAAGCACAGAAGUUCCGAUUCAACCACCCAGCAGAGGCUGCUGUCUUGCGGCGGCGAAGGCAGGUUGGAGAGGCUGUUGGUGGCAGUGGCUCUUUGGAAUGGCUGAACUUGGAUGGAGAUGUCACUGCUUCCCGGCUGGGUCUCUACCCUUUGCUUUGGAAGAAAAGGAGAGUGCUUGAAGAGCAAUGUGACGAGGACCAUCAGGCACCAAGGGAUGGAGAGACGUCCCACAGGGCCCAGAUUCAGCAGCAGCAGUGCUUUGUGAAUGAUUUGAGGGAACAAAUCCUAGCAGGACAGAUUAGAGCUGAGAAGGAACUGAAAUUUGACCAGGCUUACAUCAGCCAGCAGAUUAAAGAAAACCAGCAAUGGCUGCUCAGAGAAGAGACCUGGCUGGCUAGCUUGCAGCAGCAGCAGCAAGAAGACAACCAUGUAGCAGAGAAAGAAGUUGAGACAUCUGUGGCACCUGAUGUUUGGCUUCAGACAGACUCUGAAACUCAACCAUCCCCGCUUGUCCAAAGCCAGAAGAGGGUGGUACAACUGCAGCUCCUGCGGAGACACGCUCUUCGAGCCACAGAACGGAACGUCCGGCAAAAAAAUGUCUCAUGCCAGCUAGAGAGAAUCAUCCAGAAGCAGAGAUUGCUGGAAGCCCAGAAGAGACUGGAGCAGCUCAAGGCAUUGUGCUGGCUGCAGGAUGACAGCACCCAGAAGUCCCCAUACCGGGUUCCCAGCCCUGAUGCUACAGUUCCAGGGCCUCAACAUAGAGGCAGAUCGACAAAUUGCAGUUCUUUGAGCCUCCGAAGGCUUUGCAGCCAGCACUCACCCCAGCUACACAGUGUUUUCCUGAAUUUGGAUCCCUCCACCAUGUCACCACCUGUACCUGACCCCACUCACCAAAUAUCAGACAAAACACCAUCGGAGGAGUAUUUGCCACGGGCUGCUUCUUACCCUCCAAGGACAGGGCGUCUCUGCAAGAAUGGCCUCCAUUCCUCAGGCCCAGGGAAGCCCUGUACAGCCAGAGGAGCCUUGGCCAGUAGGGGAGCCUCAGCUCCAGACACGUGCCUCACUGUGAGCCCCGAGUCUGUUGGUAUCCAGGAAAUGUAUCGAGUGGGUAAGCAGCCCCAGUGGAUGGUGUCCCAGAGCUUAGCGUCUUGGAGCCAAUCAGCUAACAAGCUAAAGCCAAGGGAUGAGCCAAAGACCCUCACCCCUACCACCCAGAUCAGAAGGGCUAAGGGACUAGCAGACCCUGGCCACAUACAAGCUGGGUGGCGAGAAGAAGGGAACCUUGAGACCCACAGGGCUUCUAAGAGAGCCACUUGCAGUUCUCUAUAUCCUCAAGGACCCAAGCAGGCAGCCGUGCAUGGAAAGGCAGCCAAGACUUUUCGGGCAGAAUACAAACCACCUUCUCCAAGCAAGGCAUCAAAAAGGCAUCAGAGGGUAUUGGCAGCUAGGGUCAGAGACAUUGCCCAAAAGUCCUCUCAUUUGUCUCAUGGCAGUCCUUUGAAGAGACAACACAAUGACGGGGACCUAGACAGCAUGGCCCCCCUCAGAGAUUCCAGCCCAGUAGUAUUCCAUGCAAGGGAAAAAGACAAUGAUUUAUCUGAUACAGAUAGCAAUUACUCAGAGGAUUCUCUCUCCUGUGUCUAUGCCAAAGCCCUGAACGAGCCACUGAAGCCAGAGGACUCCCAGGGGAAGAAGUGGAAUCUCCCAGAGCCAGAGAACUCUGAAAGUGACAACAGCCAAAUCUCUGAGGACUCACUGGCUGAAAAGGAGUACCAAAGCCCAAAAGAUAGCCCAGGGGGCAGUCAUCCCACCAACUAUGGCCAACCCAGGACCAGAGCUAGAACCUCUGUGAGGGGCUUCACUGUGCCCUCAGACAGUGUUCUACUUGCUCAAGCUCACAGGAGCUUUUCCAUGGAUAGCUUGAUUGAUGCUGGGGGGGAACUGGGGGAAGACCAGCAGGAAGAGCCUUUCCUUGGUUCAGCUGGUGAGAUACCCACAGAGACUUUUUGGCACCCGCAGAACUUCAAUCUGCCCAUAGUGGACCAGGAGGCAAUGCACAGGCUUGAUGCCGUCGACCACAGGGCAGGAGCUAGGCUGGAUGCCAUCCUGCCAAUGAGCAGCUCAUUUCAUCUUGAUCCCCAGUUCCAGCCCCAUUAUGAGCUAUCUGAGUCAGAGGUGGAGGCAAGCUGCUCUGAACGAGCCAACUCUCCCCAAGACAUGCAGCUUUCAAGAGACAGCCCAUUGAUGUCCAUGGAUUCCUGGUUUUCCUGCGACUCCAAGAUCAACCCCAGCAGCCCCCCAGGAAUAGUGGGUUCUUUAUAUCCAAGUCCUGAUAUGCAGGAAUUUCAGUCCUGUGAUGAGGAGAGGACUGGAUACUGGCUAAAUAUUGAAGAACUAGAGCCAUCAGGUGUACAAACAGUCCUGUCAUAUAGCUCCAAACUGCUCCAAGGCAGUACUGAGCUACCCUGCAGUGCAAGAGAUGAGGACACAACCUCUGCUUCUGGUACAUCCAAGCUGUCACUCUGGGGAACUCAGAGUCUUCUUCAACCAGGAGCUGAUGGCUCCUCUCAGGGCAGAGGUAUCCCUGACACAGCCCAGCAGGGCAGCUCUGAAGUAUCCCACAAUUCUAGUGUGUCAGGUGUGCCAGCUGCUUCUGCCGCCACAUUCACUCAUGUAGGCAGCACCCAGGAAAGGGAUUGGGCUGCCCUUCAGCAAAAGUAUCUUCUUGAACUCUCUCAUCCUGGUUUGGAGGCCAUAGAAGAGCCCAGGCCAGCUUUCCUCUGCCUUGAGGAGGACUCUGGUUCCCUGACCCAAGCUUCUGGCAAAGGAGGAGAUACUAUAUUGCCAACUGGUCCUAGGGUAUCUGGCAGUCUGGAUUUUAAUAACUUUCCAAUCUAUCUAUCCAAAAUCAGGCGUGUGAGAGCAGAGAAAGAACAGGACAGUUUGAGUGCCAAGUUAGAAGGUACUUCAGAUUUCUUUAGCACUAGUGACAAAGAGGUGAGUUAUAAUGAAACUUAUUCAGCAGACUUAGAAUCAUUGGCUUCUGGAUCUAUGAAUGCACAGGUCUUUUCAGAAGAGAACAAAAUACCAAAUUCCAUGAUAGAAUCUGGUGAAGUCAAACAGAACAACUUGCAAGAGUGCUUUCAGGGUAGCAGGAAACCUGGACUUAUGACUUCCUCUGAUGAGUAUUUUUUCCAGAAGAGCGCUUGUCACAGUACUGUCACCAUAGCCACCAAAGCAGAUCAUCCACCUCAAGGCUGGGCUCCUCUCAGGAAAAAUAGUGUAAUCCAACCAAGGCAAUUAAGUCCCAACAGCCACUGUCCCCUACAGGAAGAAAAGGCAGAUUGCCAGGAGAGCGCUAAGGAAGUAGUUGAAAGACAUACAAAUGUUUCCUAUGCCUUUCCCUCAGGUCCAGAGCUGUACCUCCACUCUGCUCCCUGGAAUCCAUUCCCAUCUUCCCUGCAGCCACCUGCCUUAGAAACAUUCUAUGUGACCAGAAGCAGGGAUGCCCUCACAGAAACUGCCUUAGAGAUUCCGGCUUGCAGAGAAGCAAGGGUGCCUUCCCCUCCUGCUAGGGAAGCCUGGGGCUUUGGUCACCACCAAGUCUUCCAGAAUGCUUAUUUGAAGAAUAAUUUGCCAGUCCUGUCACAAAACCAGAAUUCUAAGAUUGCCUCAUCUCAGUGGGUCACAGCAGAGAGGCCAGUUGAUCUAAACACCAAGGGAGUUAUCAGAGAAUUAGGGAAGUGCUCUGGAAAUAUUAAAGAAGAAAGCCAUAAUUCAGUUUACUUUUUUGUUGCUCAGAACAGACCUUUUCUCCCUUCUACCAGCACAAGAAUAGGUGAAUUUGAAAAUCAAGCUGGAAUUUUGAAUAUAAAACAUGGUCUUGAAGCACUUGAGGGAGAAGAGGCCACUUCCUCAGAUAGUUUGGGGUCUGGGAAGCUUCUCUUCCUCAUCUGUGAAUCUGAGGCCAGCGGGGAGGAAGAGCAGGGUCAGAGUACAGUUCUAAGGCAAACCAUCAAUUUAGGCCUUGAAAAGGACAUGCCAGGGGAAACUGCUGUUUCUUUGGAGUCUAGAUCGGUACAUCACAAAGUAAGCAGCCCAGUGAUAGUGGCUGAGGAUGAGAGUCCAAUGUGGGAAGGGAAGAAUGAAACUGGGCUGCUUGGAAAAGCUCUUCAUCCCCAAGAUAGCUCAGAAGAGUUUAAGUUUCCAGGGACGGAGUCUGCACAUGAAAGAUUCCAGUUAGUUACAUGCUCUCGGGAAAGAAACCCCAGUGAAUGCAAGGGCCCUGGAAAGUCACAAGAAAUGUUAAACCCCAAAGAAGAACCUUCUGGAAAGAAACAGAAUAAAAGGGUUAAUAGUGCUGAUGAAAUGGCAAGGCUAAUUAGGAGUGUCAUGCAGCUUGAAAAUGACAUCUUAGAAAUUGAAUCCAAGCAGGAUAAGCAACUUCAUGCUUCCCAUACACCAGAAAUCAAUAAGGAGUUUGUGUUCCAGGACCAGAAGGAUCAGGAGAAGGCUGACCAUAUCCUUAGGCCAGCCAGCUCUGGAAACGGUUUGGCCUUCAAGGAUCAGCCAUCUUCUCCAAAACAGACAGAUGAUGUCAUCUUUAGGGAUGGUGAAGCCAGAGAAAUGGAGGUUAUCAGUAGCACUGGGAACUGGGUCCAGAAAAUCACCCCAAACCCCUUCGUGUCAAGGGAAUGUGUACAAGAGAGUAGAUCUGUGAGAGGGCUCACCCACUCAGCAGAGUUAGACAGAUCCGCCAGGGACGUGUGUGAUUCUUUAGGGACAUGUACAACUCUCAGAGAGUCCAUCAACACUUCUCUUCAUCCAAGGAGAGUAAAAUCAUUGGCUAGAGCUCUGCCGUUGCAACCCAGGCCAGAGAGGUCUUCUGAGAAUGAUAGCGAGUGGGUAAAGGUGUCUGUAAGCCACAAAGGGCAGCCUUGGGACUUAGGAAGUCUUGAGGAAUUGGAGACUAUGAAAGGUUUUCAGGAAACCCAAACUGCUGAACACAUAAGUGGUUCCACGCAAGAGGAGCCAAAAGCUCAAGGCAGAGUUGAAAUGGCUGUGCAAGGGGGAGGGAGCCUACAGGAGGAAGAAAAUAAGAUGGUCUCGACUCAGAAACUUCCUAGUCCAAGUCAGCUUUAUAUGGACACAUUUUUCAGCCAGGAGACUGUCUGCCCAUUGUUGAGCCAGACAGACCCCUCUACAACUCCUCCCCAAGACCUGGGGAAUACCUUGCCCUUGAAUUCUCCAAGCCUGCCAAGAAGCUGUCUUCAUGAGUCUGAUGCUAUAGGCAUCUCUUCAGCUGACUUUGUGCUGGACCCCACAAUGUUGAAAAUUCAUAAUAGCCCCUUGGUGACUGGAGUAGAGCUUCAGGACCAGAGUGGAGAGACCAGAAGCCACAGCCCUCAGGGAAACGGAGGAGGCUCUUUCGUGGCACAUGCUGCUCACUGUGAGUCUGUGAUAUCCACGGCCCUGGGAUCUCAUCGUCAGUGUGGUGCACCAGAGAGCACUGAGGCCAGGAUAUCAGCAAGGACCAGCCCCCAAGACCAAGCAGGGGACCUCAGAAUUGCCUCUAUGGGCUUGAGUACCAGGGAAGGUUUUGCUUCUGAAGCUGAGGUAGCUGUACAAAAAAAAAUAAGAGCCAGUUCCCUGAGGAGGAUCUCUAGUCAGCUGGAAAAGAGGGUCAGCUUCUCCUUAGAAGAUGAUGAUGACCAGGGUACGAAGGCAAGGCAGAAAGCAGAGGAGGAGGCUGAGGCCCUCAGACUUAGCAGCAGUACUUUCUUAGCACCUGUUUCCCUGCCGAGGGUACCUACUCUGGAGCCCAGGCUGUUGGAGCCCUCUGUCUACGCAUCCAUGUGCCUGGCUAUCUUGGAGGAGAUCAGACAGGCAAAAGCCCAGGGAAAGCAGCUUAAUGACCUUGUGGCUGGGGGGACAGUCUUUCCUUACUGUGAAACUUUACUAGAACUUGAAUGUUCUUCAAGGGCUGCUGGCAGGCCUCAGUGUACACAAAUGGACCAGUCAGUGUCAGACGGGACCAGGAAUGAGGGUGAAGCACAGGGGCCUCACGGGGUAUCUCUAUCUGCUGAACGAAGACAUCUGUCAGUUGAUAAGAGAAAAGUCCAGGCCACACCCCUCUCUGCAGACAGCUUUCAACCUCCACCUAACUCUGAAAUUGACAGAGGGCCACAGCAUCCCAUGCAAGCUGUCUCCCAUGCUACCUCUGCUUUGGGCAAAAGACAUUGUACUGGAGAACUGAAACAUUUCCUGGGAGCUUGUGAACAGGUCACAUGUCACUCUAGUUCUUUUGAAAUCAUAGAGAAAGAAGCAACCAGAACAUCUUCCUCUGCUGAUCCUUUGGCCUCAGACAGUCUUCUUUCUUCAGCAGCUGUGGAGGGGGACAGGAAGGCAAUAUCAGAGGAAGUAGUGGCUGCCUUAUCUUCUCAGGCCCCUUGUAAUGAUCCUGGAGUGAUUCUGUGUGGGCGAAGUCAGCCAGCUGCAUGGGAGACUGCAGAGGGCAUGCUGCCUGGCAGUAAGGACAGCAGCCCAGAGCACCAGAAACCUAGAACUCUAGACACCACAUAUGGAGGAGGUUCGGGUAACUUCUUAGAGACUGCACAGGGAGAAGAAAGAGCCCAACUUAAAAGUCAGUCUGUGAUCUGUGAUGCUCAGAAUUCCCCAAGUCUCUCUUCUAAGGAAGACCAUGUUCAAAGCUUUGAGGCUUCCAUUGGUUUAGAAGAAGGGAGGGCAAGUCCCAAACAAGGGACUGUUCUGCCUGGAACCAUGAGAAGGGUUGAACUGGGAGCUCCCGCCCAGCAGCAUGUGAAGUGGAAAGGAAGUAUUGUGUCUGGGCAGACAGAAGCCUGCGGGGCUGACAGCAAACAUCCCAGGCCAACUUCAUUUCCGGAUCAAAGACCUAGCCCAGAUCCUGGGGGAGUUAGGGAAGAAGCUCUGUGCAGAUGCCGAAGGGAAACUUUAGAUUGCCCUGUCUUCUCAGGAAGCAUUGAAGGCAGUCGGACUCUCAGCCCAUCUAGAGGGAAAGAAGAGAGCAGAAUUCCUUGCUGCCAGUCGUGCAAUUCUCAACAUGUUGCUACUCAUGCUUGUUCCUCCCAUUCCUCCACUUUACUGUGUUGUGGAGAUAGUGACCUGGGGAAGGAGACUUUCAAGACUGCCCCACAUACUGUCCACCCAGCCUGUGUAGUAGCUUCCACAGCCUGUGAAAUGGAUGAGAGAAGAGAGAGCUCUUCCAGGGAACCUGACAUGCUCUUGGCACAUGACCUUGAGCCCCAAGACAUGAAUAUGGAAUUUAGGCCAACAGAGAGCAGCACUCUUGAGCCUUCCUCUAUGGCUGCUGUCCUAUUUCCAGCUCAAGGCUGCAACUCCCAUUCUGCCCCUGAUGUGAAGACAGGUUUCCUCAGCCACCCAGCUGCUGACAGAAGCUCAAGUUCAGUAGGGGUUCCUGAAAAAAAGGUUACUGAGAAGAAAGCCAGCACAGAACUUGAGGUUGCCCCUUUCCCUGCAGGCACGUACUCUGAGCCACUGAGGAAGUUUCAGGACAGCUCUGUAGGUUGCCAGAAUGCACAGGUGUCUCAAACAAAGGGAGAACCACUUGCAACAACUCGGGAACCACACACCCUGAAUUUAAGUGAAAGGUCUGCUGAGAGUGGGUCAGUGAUAGAGUCACAGCAUGGAUGUCUCGAAAAUACCAUCAGAUGCCUGUCAGAAAACCCACAGAUUGCCAUGGAGUCCAGGGAUCACAAUUGCUUGGAUCCCCAAGCCAAGUUUGUAGCAAGGUUAAAACACACCUGUAGCCCCCAGGGUGACAGUCCCUGGGAGGAGGAAGAGCAGCAGAGAGACCAGGAUUCAGGUGGUGGUGAAGACCCUGCCCAGGGCAGGAAUACCCCACCUUCCAAGGAAGGUGACUUGGAUGGCCGUCAGAUUAUGAAUGCUGGCAAAGAGGAAGUGGCUGUGGCCAAGCCUUUCUCACUGGGCUUCGAAGACCCAGCUGCUGUGCCCUUGGGGCAAAGGGAAGCACCACAGCCUGCCGCCCAGAGGCAUGGCCAGCCCCGCCACAGGUGCUCACGUCCUGUGAUCGCAGUCUUCUCUGGCCCUGAACACUCCAAAUCCUCCCCCAGACCACAGUUCUCUGUGGUCAGCUCUUCUCGAUCUCUUCAAGAGCUGAACUUGAGUGUGAAGCCUCCUUCCCCUGCAGAUGAGGACACGCAGGGGCCUAACAGAUUGUGGAACCCAUACCUCAGGGGCUUUUCCUCGGGAAAGUCAGUGCUGAGAACAUCUCUGAAGGCUGAGGACUGCCAUGAGAAAGCCUCAUCUAACUUGGAUGAUGGCACUGCUGAUCACAGGCCCCUAAAACCUGCCACCCCUCCUUACCCAACGUAUUCUACUCUCUCGUGCAUGCCAACCCCUGCUCUCGUGACCAGCUGGAUGGCUGGUGCUUUGGAUCAGGCGCAGCAGGGAAAGCCAGAGCACCUGGGUGUCCAGGUCAGGCCAGAGAAUUGGUUCUCUCAGGUGGACAAAGGAAUGUUGCACUUUGGCUCCAGCGAUAUCGAUCCCUCCGUCCCGCCCUGGCGUCCAGAGGGACCUGCGUGUAUUGGCUGGAAGCAAUAUGUAUUUGGCAGUGCAGUUGAUGUCUCCUGUAGCCAGGAACCCCAGGGCCUGAUACCGUCAAAUGUGGCCCUAUGCUCGGGCUCCACUAUGGGCAAUGGCCUAGAAGACCAGAACUCCCCAUUCCACUCCCACCUCAGCACCCACGCCAGUGCUCGGGACCUGACAAGCACCUCCAGCAGCAUUGAGAAUGCCCAAGCUUCAAAUGUAUGGAGUUCCUCAUUUGUCUUAGGGGACCCCCAUGUCCUGACCGGCCCUGAAGGAGCAGCCCCCACUUUGGGUCCUGACAAGAGACCCCGCCCCCCUGGUGGAGCAGGCUGUCUAAGGGGCGAGUCCCGCUUGGCUGAAGGAAGUGCUGCAGGUCCAGUGGAUGAGGUUAUGCUGCCGUAUCAGUCAGAGACAGACUGCCCUGCGGAACAGGUCAGGGCGAACACAUUUGAGCAGGGCACACAGACCCUGGGUUGCAGGCUCCAUUGGAGCUGCACUGACAUCUCUCAGCCUGAAGCCAGCGCCGCGUCAGCCCCUGAUCUGGCUUCGUGGGCCAGCAUGCACAGCCUGUCUCUCCACCUCUCACAGCUCCUGCACAGUACCUCAGAGCUGCUUGGGAGUCUCUCCCAGCCCGGUGUGGCCAAAAAGGAACAGAACACCAAAAGGGACACCCUUGAUCAGGCCCCACAGGCCCUUAUGAUGGAUGGCUAUACUCAAACCACUGUUGAUGAGGGCAGCCAGACCGACCUGGCCUCACCUUCUCUGUGCCACCAGGCCUCAGAGGCCAAACCUCAGGGAGACAAUGUGAUGAUCUUUAAAGUGCUGAGCUCAGAUAUUUCAACCAUGUCUCAAAAAAGGGGAGACAUCCCAGGGGCAUCUCAGGAGAGAGAGGCAGAGGAAACAGCAUGGAAAAUGGCACAGCCCCCAGAUCUUCAGGAAGAAUGCACUCACUGCAGGUCCCAGAGCCCUCUGACACCCUCAGCCCACUUAAGGUUUCAAAAAGACCCCCUUGGGCAGGCCCACCCUUCUGUGAUCCCGCCGGUUCCUGACGCUUUCCUGCCUCCCAUUUCCCAGCCAGCGGAAUCCUGUUGCAUGGCUGUCGGCAGCUCCAGCCUCGGCACCUCUCACUCCCCAGGGCUCUUCCCCCAUACUUCAGAGUCCAUCAGGGAGCCUGGAGUGCAGAAGAACCUGGGCCCCACAAGUACCUCACUGGUGGACAGGGCCUCCUCCCCAAUCCUCACUCUUAGUGCCAAUGCCCCAGAGUCAGGUCUCCCUCCAGGCUCUUUGACUCCCUCAGCCCCCUCAGUGCACCCUCUUGACGGUCACCGGAAACUUGACUCCAGCCCAGCUCUUCCUCCUGCCACCCUACAGCCUCUAAUGGACAAUUAUUCCCAAACCUUUGAUGAGUCAGAUGGUUCCCAGAGAGCUAAGACUCUGGGUGGACGAGGUCCCUCAGAAAGAAGUUAUGGGAGGCCCUUCCUUGAGUUACGCUCCCCACGCAGCCCACGACAGAGCCCAGAACUCCAGGUUGGUCUCGUAGGGCAGCUGCCUCAGCAGCGUCAGCCCAGCACUGCCAUCGCGGUCCCAAGCAGACUGCUACCUCCACCGCCGCUGCGCAGGAGCCAGGUGCUGGCCGACAGCUUCGUGUCUGAAGAGGCUGUUUCCCCAGAGCAUGGCCCACUGAGCAAUAGGGAGCCAAGUCAAUGGCAGAGCAGGACAGUGUCUCCAGUGGAGCCGCAACCUACGCUGGACUUUUCCUCUUCAUGGGGAGGCCUCCGACACCUCAGCCUCUGCCCUGUCUCUGAGCUGACUGUUACUGCAAAGCUCCAGGGUUCUGCCUUGAGCCCACCUCAGGCCUGCCAACCUGAGGGGCUCCUGCGCCCCAGUUCUCAGAUGUACGUGGCCCCCAAGCCCCAGCAUCAUGGUCUGAGGGACCUCCCAGUGCAUAAUAAAUUUAGUAACUGGUGUGGGGUUCAGGAUGGCUCUUCUGGGGACCUGGGUGUGACUGAAGAGCUGGGGGCCAGCUGUGAUGUCAGCUCUGGCAGAGGCGCCCCACAACCUCCUGAAGGCCAGAGCCAGGAUCCAGAGUGGUCCCAGAGGGAGCAGAUCCCCCUGCAAGUUGGGGCCCAGAACCCCUCACUGAGCAUGGAACUCACGGAAGCAAAACUGCACCAUGGCUUCGGGGAGGCAGAUGCCCUGCUGCAGGUGCUGCAGAAUGGGACGGGGGAGGCACUCGCUCCCGUUGAACCUGUGCGGUCCACCUGGGAGGAGAUCUGUGCUCGGCAAAAAACAACCAUUGAGACCCUUAGGAGAGAGCGGGCUGAGCGACUUCAGAACUUCCGCCGGACACGAAGCCUAAGCCCCCAGAAACAACUGAGCCUCCUGCCCAACAGAGAUCUCCCCAGCCGGGACCUUGACUUGCCCAGCAGGCGCAGAGAAUACCUGCAGCAACUGAGGAAGGAUGUCGUGGAGACCACCAGGAGCCCAGAGCCGGCAUCGAGGUCUGCUCACCCCCCUUCUGACAUAGAGCUGAUGCUGCGGGACUACCAGCGAGCCCGCGAGGAGGCCAAGGUGGAGAUUGCCCGGGCCCGGGACCGACUGCGGGAGCGGACGGAACAAGAGAAGCUGAGAAUCCGCCAGCAGAUCGUUUCCCAGCUGUUUAGGGAAGAAGAAAAACUACAUACGCUGGCCAACUCCAGCUCCCUGUGCACCAGCUCCAAUGGAAGCCUCUCGUCUGGGAUGACCUCCGGCUACAAUAGCAGCCCAGCCUUGCCCGGCCAGCUCCAGUCUCCAGAGAAUGUGGGACAUGUGAACUUGCCUGAUUCCAAGGACACCUGGAUAGGGGAUGGGCGGGGCCGUCCUGCAGUGAGGAACAGUCACCUGUCCCUGGCUGGGUCCGCCUGGAAGAGCUCAGCCUACAGCCGCAGAGCCUCGCUGGGCAGUUGCUGCUGCUGUUCUCCAUCCAGCCUGUCCAGCCUGGGGACCUCCCUCUCCUCCUCCUACCAGGAUUUGGCCAAGCACAUCGUGGACACUUCUGUGGCUGAUGUGAUGGCUGCUUGUUCAGAUAACCUGCACAACCUCUUCAGUGGCCAGGCAACAGCUGGCUGGAACCAUCAGGGUGAGGAGCAGGCGGUGCAGCUUUACUUCAAAGUGUUUUCUUCUACCCGGCAUGGCUUCCUGGGGGCAGGUGUGGUGUCCCAGCCGCUGUCCCACGUGUGGGCAGCUGUGAGUGACCCCACCCUCUGGCCCCUGUAUCACAAGCCCAUCCAGACAGCAAGGCUGCAUCAGCGGGUGACCAACAGCAUCAACCUGGUGUACUUGGUGUGCAGCACCUCCCUGUGUGCAUUGAAGCAGCCACGGGAUUUCUGUUGUGUCUGCGUGGAAGCCAAAGAGGGACACCUGUCUAUUGUGGCUGCUCAGUCUGUGUAUGACACAUCCAUGCCAAGACCCAGCAGAAAAAUGGUUCGAGGGGAGAUCCUGCCCAGUGCCUGGAUCUUGCAGCCUGUCACCAUGGAAGGAAAGGAAAUCACCAGAGUCAUCUACUUGGCCCAGGUAGAACUUGGUGCUCCAGGCUUCCCCCCUCAGCUCCUAAACUCCUUUAUCAAACAGCAGCCGCUGGUGAUAGCCAGACUGGCUUCCUUCCUUGGCAGUUAGCAUCUCACCGUGACAUGGUGCUGCUGAGAUGCAGGCCCAGGAUGCUCCAGACACACACUCCGGCAGCUCCUUGUUACUUUCUGUACCUUGAUGCAAGAAGAGCUGAGGCUGUGGCCAGUGGGCAGACAGCACUGGCCUGGGGUU